AUGUCGGCUCCCCCUUAUGGUCUGUUUCUGACUUCUCUUCAAUUCUUUCACUCCACGAAAACGAGCUACGACAACCAAGUCGUACCAAGUCGUUUUAGUCUCCACUCCAUCGCAGAUUCUCAGCUCAGUUAAAGGAAACCGACCCCUCGAGACUCCAUUUCCAUAUCCGAUCUCCAUCCUCGAUCUCUUCUUCCUCCUUGUUCCAUGGCGUCUUCUUCCUCUACCUCCUCCUCCGCUCCUCGCUUCAAUCACGAUGUCUUCCUUAGCUUCAGAGGCGAAGACACUCGUCAUAACUUCACCGAUCAAAUCUUCAAUGCCCUAAUCGCAAAAGGCAUCCACACUUUCAGAGACGAUGAUGAGCUUCGUAGAGGAGAAAACAUCGCUUCAGAGCUAAGCAAAGCCAUCAAUGGAUCGAGGAUUUCUGUUAUUAUCUUUUCAAAGAAUUAUGCCAAUUCAAGGUGGUGUCUCGAUGAGCUUGUCGAUAUCAUGGAAUGCAGAGACAAGAACGGACAGCUCGUUUUGCCUGUUUUCUUUGAUGUCGAACCGGAGGUUGUGCGGGAUCAGAUUGGGUGCUAUAAGAAGCAUUUUGAGGAUCACGAAGUGCGUUUUGCAAAAGAAAUGAAGAGGGUGAACCGAUGGAGAAGAGUUCUUGCCGAAUCUGCGAGUCUCUCGGGGUUUAUUAAAUCCCAAUAUGACUCCGUCGGGGAUGAAACUUUUAUCCAGUGUAUUGUUGAAGAGGUUGUCACUAAACUGAAUCAAAUGCACUUGAAUAUUGCUGUGUACCCAGUUGGUAUUGACUCUCGUGUAGAAGAUAUUCGUUUUCUGUUAAGUGUGGGGUCAAAUGAUGUUCGCAUCAUUGGGGUUCAUGGUAUGGGCGGAAUAGGCAAGACAACAAUUGCUAAGGCCAUCUAUAAUGAAGUCUUUCACAAAUUUGAUGGCAGCAGUUUUCUUGCAAAUGUAAGAGUAGUUUCAGAACCCAAUGGUCUAGUUCAGUUACAAGAACGACUUCUUUCUGAUAUCCUAAUGAACAGGAACCAAAAGAUAGACGAUGUUGAGGAGGGAAUCAAAUUGAUCAAAAGCAGUCUCUGCCAUAAAAGGGUUCUUAUUGUUCUUGAUGAUGUGGAUCAAGCAGAAAAAUUCAAUGACUUGGCUAAGAUGCGUGACUGGUUCGGCCCAGGAAGUAGAAUCAUUAUUACAACUAGAGAUGAAGAACUGCUAAAUAAGUUUAAAGUGGAUGAGACGUAUGAGGCCAAAGAAUUAAAUGAUGAACAAUCUCUUGAGCUGUUUAGUAGGCAUGCCUUCAGAGAAGACAAACCUGUGAAAGAUUAUGAGGAACUUUCAAAUGGUGUUGUAAGAUAUGUUGGAGGGCUUCCAUUAGCCCUUGAAGUGUUGGGUUCGUUUUUGUAUGACAAAAAGAGCACAUCUGAAUGGAGAAGUGCAUUAAAGAAAUUGGAAGUGCAUCCUCAUAAGCAGCUUAAGAAUAGACUUCUAUUUGAUGUCAAAGAAAAAGAAAUGGAUAUAUUCCUCGACAUUGCCUGUUUCUUUAUUGGGAUGGAUAAAGAUUAUGCCAUGAAAAUACUAGAUAGCUAUCAUCUUAACUUGGAAGCUGGAAUUAGUGCUCUCCGUCGAAGGUCUCUUGUAACAAUCAAUGAAAACAAUGAGUUUGUAAUGCGCGAUCUGCUUAGAGACAUGGGAAGGGAGAUUGUUCGUGAACAAUCCCCUAGAGAACCUGGAAAACGUAGCAGAUUAUGGUCUCAUGAUGAAGCUUAUGAUGUAUUGGUGGGAGGCACGGGUUCUGCAGUUGAGGGCCUCAUCCUAAACUCUCCUUUCAAGGUACAAUUGAGUACUGAAGCAUUUGAAAAGAUGUCCAAACUAAGAUUGCUCCGACUCAACAAUGUACUGCUCACAGGAAGCUAUGAGCAUUUCUCCAAAGAACUGAGAUGGUUCUGUUGGCGAGAAUCUCCUUUGAAAUGUAUACCGAUUGAUUUUCGUCCAGUCAAUCUUGUUGUUCUUGACAUGCAGUAUGGUAGUCUCAAACAGGUUUGGAAGGAAACCAAGGAACUUAGAAGUUUGAAAAUCCUUAAUCUCAGCCAUUCCAAUGAUUUAACCAGAACACCUGACUUUUUAGGACUUCCAAAUUUGGAGAAAUUGAUUCUUGAAGGUUGUACAAGUUUGGUUGAGGUUCACCAGUCCAUUGGUCAUCUCAACAGACUUGUUCUCUUGAAUCUAAAGGACUGCAAAAUUCUCAAGAAUCUUCCUAGUAGCAUUUGUAAAUUGAAAGCUCUUGAAAGUCUUACUCUCACGGGCUGCCCAAAGCUUAAUAAGCUACCAGAGGAUUUAGGUGAGAUGGAUUCCUUGACAGAGCUUUUUGCAGAUGAAAGUACCAUAGAGAAACUACCCUCCUCAAUUGGACACUUGAAGAAGUUGAAAAGCUUAUCUUUAAGAGGAUGUAAAGGAUCACCAUCUAAGUCAUGGCUCUCAUUUUGCUGGCCCUGGGGACCUCGAAAAAGUCCUGAUUCCAUCACUUUAUUGCUAUCUUCUUUCACAGGUUUAUAUUCAUUGGAAAAGCUAAUUCUUGAGGAUUGCAAUAUGUCUGAUGCAAUUCCCAUUGAUCUUCAAAGAUUAUCCUCAUUGCAAGAAUUAUUUCUUGGCAAAAACAAUUUUUGUAGUCUAUCAACCAGAAUCAAUCACCUUUCUCAACUUCGUUUACUUGAUCUGGGAAAAUGUACCAGACUACGAUCACUCCCAGAGCUUCCUUCAAAUUUAAGUAUCUUGAAUGCAAGCAGUUGCAUUUGUAUGGAAAGAUUGCCCGAUUUAUCAAACUUUCAGAACUUUCCAUCCUUGCUGUUCAUUAAUUGCCACAAGCUUAUUGAGAUUCAGACAAAAACUUCUAGAAGGAAUCUCCUUCAGGGACUGUUGGAACGUGGUAGGAAGCUUGACAUAUUUCUUCCGGGGGAUGAGGUUCCAGACUGGUUCAUCCAUCAGUGCGAGGGGCCUUCAAUAUCAUUUCUACUUCCGCCUUGCAAUCAUAAGAUCCUAGGGCUGACACUCUGUGCUGUAUAUGUUGCCAACAAAGAAGCUGAUAAUUUCACUGCUCUUUUUGAUGGAGACAAGCACACUGGUCCUCCUUCAGCUAAAAUCAAAGUUGGAAGCAACAAUGGUGUGGCCUAUCAUCCAAAUGUCAAAGAUAUUCCUAUAACCCAUCAAGAUCACAUCUGGGUGUGCCAUGUUCCAGCAUUUGGGAAUCAAUUGGAAGGUGGGGUUGGCAUUGAGCUCUCAAUAGAAAUAGGGGAGCCGCUCAAGGUGAAGAAGUGUGGGAUCCAUCUUCAAUACGAGAAAAUAAAUGGGAAGGCACCCCAACUAAGCAGUGGAGAAGCAAUUCAACAUGCCACUGUUGUUGACGGAGAUAGAUCAGCACUAGCUAAGCUGAGCACUAAAACCAAGAGAGGCCGUAGUGAGAUUGAGUCGGGACCCAGUAAUGGCACACCUAAUGGGAACCAAGAAGCCAGACGGUUGAGGACUGAAUCUGAUCCAACCAUGUAUUAAAGCUUGGUUCAGUGGAGCAUGAAAUAACUUUAGAAGAAACUACAUUGAUUUCAUUUCGGCAUGCAACACAAGAAUUAGCUACCUCCAUCUGAGUUAUUCAUUUGUCAGUUCAUGCUCAUGCAGGAAGAUAGGUAUUUCUGUACCUUCCCUCAAGGAUUUUGUUUCUUUUUUUUUUAGAAGCUGAUGGCUUUCACACUGACAAUCCAUUGGAGUGAAUAUGGUUACUCAUUUGCUAACAGAGGCAUUCCUGGUAUGCAUGUGGUUGAAGCUUGUAUUAACAUUGUUCCCUUCAAGCAUGGCUUUUAUUAUUCAAUAAUAAGAGAAUAAGAUUGGAUGCA